GCACGGGUCGCAGGCGCGUGGACUAAACACAACCGACGAGUAUUUCGAAUUUCAGUUCCAAUUUUUAAAAUUCUGACGGAUAGUUUUUUUUUUGUGUUUAAUCUUCCGAGAGUAGACAAAGAGUCUUCCCCUGAAACUUUCUUUUUACGCUUUUUAUGCGGCUACAUUGUUAUGUUUUUAUUGCGUUUUGUGGUUAUUGUUUAUUAUUUUUUUACUUGCAAUUACAUUCGCGAUGUAAUUACAGUUUUUUGUUAAGCGGUGAGAGUGAGUGAACUGUUGUGUAAAGUUUUGCGGUGCUUUCGUAAAUAAAAAGCACAAUGCCGCUUCUGUGGAAACUUUUGUACUUUUUGCUCAUACUCGUACAGGCUGUUACGGGCAACUGGUGGAACCUCGCAGCCCCGGUGCGGCCGAGCCCCAACACCUCGGCCACGGAGGUGUUCGCCCUGCACAAGGCGGACUGCCUGCGCCUGGACUACCUCGCCGAGAGACAGAAGCAGUUGUGCAUGCUGUCCGAUAAGAUGGUGCAGGUGUUGCAGACGGGGGCUCAGCAGGCGAUCGAGGAGUGUCAGUACCAGUUCCGCAACAGUCGCUGGAACUGCAGCACCGUUGAGAACUCCACAGAUAUAUUCGGCGGGGUUCUCAGCUUUAAAUCCCGUGAGUCGGCGUUCGUGCACGCUUUGUCGGCGGCGGCGCUGGCGCACUCUGUGGCGCGCGCCUGCAGCCGCGGCGAGCUCAACGAGUGCUCGUGCGACGCGCGCGUACGGAAGCGCACGCCGCGGCACUGGCAGUGGGGCGGCUGCUCAGAGGACAUAAGAUACGGUGAAAUGUACAGCCGAGACUUUGUAGACUCUAGAGAGGACAAGGAAUCUGAAGAGGGAAUCAUGAACCUGCACAACAAUGAGGCUGGUCGUAGAGCAGUGCGCGGUCGCAUGCAGCGCGUGUGCAAGUGUCACGGGAUGUCGGGGUCGUGCUCGGUGCGCGUGUGCUGGCGCCGCCUGCCGCAGCUGCGCCUGGUGGGAGACGCCCUGAGCACGCGCUACGAGGGAGCCUCGCAUGUUAAGGUGGUCGAAAGGAAGAAAGGCAAGAACAUCCGAAAGUUAAGACCCAUACACGCGGACAUAAAGAAACCAAACAAAACUGAUCUAGUGUAUCUGGAAGAUUCUCCUGAUUAUUGCGAACCUAAUGACGAACUGGGAAUCCUCGGCACACGCGGGCGGACGUGUAACCGGACGUCGGCAGGACUGGACGGGUGCCGGCUGCUGUGCUGCGGGCGCGGCUACCAGACCCGCGUGCGCGACCACGAGGAGAAGUGCAAGUGCCGCUUCGUGUGGUGCUGCCGCGUCCACUGCGAGCUCUGCCGGUACAAGCGCGACCAUCAUGUCUGCAACUGAAGGGGAUAGCCCACUACCGUAACAGUCUAUACGGUCAAAGAGCAGGUCUCGCUGACCCAUAUCUAUUUGUUUCAUCGCGUCUGCAACUGAAAAGGCUUACCGUACCAACCUAACUGUACCAGUUUGUCAAGUGAAUGAGCAGGUAAAUUCACUGACAUUUAUUUAUUAUAGCAACUUGUCUAUUUCACCUCACGUUUUUCCAUUGGUUUUCUAAAAAUUAGUAAACUUUGCUAUUUGUGCGUGACAAAUUAUAGCAACUUGUGGCUUGUCUAUUUCACCUCAUGUUUUUCCAUUGGUUUUCUAAAAAUGUUGCUAUUUGUGCGUGAGUAAAAGGAAUACUCGUAAUACUUAUGUCAAUGGACGCCACUACACUAUAUAUUUAUUUAACGGCUUGUCGAAUGACGUCUACAAUAAUUUGAAUACCAAGUUGGGAGGGUUAAGUUUUACCAAUUUAAAAAGGCAGUCCCAAUUUCAUAUGAACACUUAUGUCCUGAGAUUUUUCAUGAUCAUGAUGAACUUGUUCAAUUUUAAAAACCACCAAAUUAUUGAUUCCUCUCAUUUUCUUGCCGAAGUCAUUUAUCAUAAAAUGACCGCAAGUUCGUUGCCAAAUCUAUCAAGCUAAGUUUGCUCAAUCAAGUAUUUAAAAGCUAUGAAGCUUUUUAACUGUAACCAACACAAGCCAGUACCUACCAAUCUGAGUAAUGGGUAUUCAAUGAAAUAUAUUAACCGUAAUCGGUAAACAUUAUGAAUUAUGAUUAGUUUUAAGCUUAUAGAUUAUGUUAGUGCAAAAUUAUCGACUGAUUGAUUUUACUGAUUUAU